AUGGAUUUCAGUAAUUACAAGAAUUACCCAAUUGAGCAGAUCAACUCGGAGACCGUUGGGUCUAACAUCGAGAUAUUUCAAAAGAUCCUCAAGAAUGCCUCCAACCCCUUUGCUGGGAAGCUCUCAUCAGAGUUGUUCGUUGAACACGAAACCCAGAUCGCCUUACAGAAAAGAGUACCUUGGCACCAAUUUUACAUUUUGGACCCGGCAAAUGGUGAGGUCGUCAGUGCUUUCAGAAUAAUCUACCACAGGGGUAACAACGGGUAUACCAACUUGUUGGUGAGUUUCGUCCAUACCAAAGCAGAGUAUAGGAAGAGAGGGUUCAUUGACUAUUUGAUCAGCGAAUGUAUCAAAAAGUACGAAACUGUGGGAUCAUAUGAGUUUUCAGUGCCAGGUUCAAACAACAAAGAUACGGAUGACUUUAUCAAGAAACAUAUAAAGCCUUCAGAGAAGUAUUUUUGGACUUUAUAUUCAGCCGUUCAAACCUUUUAUGCGCGAUUUGGGUUUGUACCCUUUAGAGACAUGAACUGGCUCACAUACAAAGCAGAGGAGGUAUCAACGUAUACCAUUGAUGAUGUCAAGACUGGUUUCCGCGACACUACCGUCGAGCUAAUUGCUUUUGAUGAAGACGUGGUUAAAUUCUUUGCAGACCCCGAUUAUGCGUCAUAUGUCAACGACUCACUCAACGACGAAAAUGUUAGGUCUAUGAGUCUAGAUAACCCAACAUUUUACACUUGUCACAACAGAGAUUUGUGUGUGGCCGAGUUGCAUCACAAAGAGCUGAAGAACACAGGACUUAGACUGAAGCACAGUAACGGCAAGGAGUCCUUUGUGAUUGUCUCUGGCGACCUCCACCACGAGGAGCUUGUAAUCCACAAGCUUUUCACUAACUUGGAUGUUGCCACAGAAUCAGAGCUUUUGGAUGAUGAUCUUGACAGAAUCCAGAAGUUUCUGCAUGUAAUCUUUGACGAGUACCCUUUUAGAGAGCUGGGGUUUGUGAAGGGUUACACCUUUGCGGUCACAACGGCAGACUUACAUGCGAAAGAUCCCGAUACUCAGAGCUAUAUCAUUGAGAAGCUACAGGGUAACGACUGGAGCUUGGACACUUCCAAUACCAAGUUUUUGGCAAUGAUGAAAGAUUACGCCAAAGAUGGUGUUGCAGAGGGAACCGUAUGGCUAAACAACGGUUUCUGGUGCUUUGGGUGA